AUGAGCUACAGGUAUUCACAUGGGGGUGCACAGCAAAGGGAUUUGAGAACUCAGUUGUUUGAGGUCCCUCCAAGAAAGAAUUCACCGGUUAUCAGGAAUAACUCGCCUUACGACCCAGUACCUUCAUCGUCAGCAAAACAUACAGAGUCAUUUUUACUGUCUUUAGAAUCACAAAACAACGAUGAAGUAGAUACUAUGGGACAGAAAGUUACCGCGUUGAAGAACCUUGGGGUAAGGAUGGGGUCUGAGAUCAAUAAAUCAAUGAACUUGAACGACGAGAUAACGAACAGCUUUGAGAGAGGCAGAGUGUCGUUGAAAAACACUUUUAAUAGAAUGAUAAUAAUGAGCAAGAGGGCGGGUAUUACGUGGAAGAUGUGGCUAUUUGUGUUUUUCAUUGUAUUUUUAUGGUUCUUCUGGAUCUGGUUAUUCUAA